GUGUCAACCCAACAACAUCGCGCGGCGGUUCCCGUUUGGUCGACUUCGAAGUGAAUAGCAGCUAAUGCCCGAUGUCAAGGCUAGAGGAAGGACGAAGGUAGAAGAACCCAAUGUUGAGUCAGCUAACGAGGUGCAGUGGGAAGGCUCUCAGUACAAAAAGGGACACUUUCUGUGUUUAAACCAAGGAGUUGAGGACCUGGAAGACCUGAGCUACCUGCAGGAGAGUGACUUCCUUUCUUUCCUGAGACCAAUUGAAGCCAGGAAACUUCUGUCACUGCUCAGAAAGUCAAGCCAACAAGAUGUCUUGGACAGUCCUCCAAGCAACCAGAGCAACCAACAGUUCAGAAGUACCAGUACAAGUCCAGUAACACAGUCUGACGAGAUGCACCUUUCUGGAGAAAGAAAACGAGUGGCUGAGGAAGAAUGUUCCUAAACGUACUCCGAGCAGAUGGGGAAAAAAAGGAAAAUCACCAGGGCAGACAUUGAGCAACAUAGGCCUACUAUGCAAUAUAGUAAGAUUCAUGCCAGAAUAACUGAGCUCCUGCUGGACACAUCCAUUCUCUGCUCAUCCUGCUGGACACAUCCCUUCUCUUCCUGCUCUUGCUUUGAGAUGGAUCCUAAGCUCCUGCUAUUGGCCGUGCUGGGACUGUUUUCUAUUAGUCAAGCUCAAAUCAAGGAGAAUGAGUGCAUCAAAGCCAAUGCUAAAUCCUGUGGAGAUUGUAUCCAGGUUGGAGAGAAGUGUGGCUGGUGCACAGACCCUGACUUCCUGUGGCAGGGGGGUUCGACAUCAGCACGUUGUGAUGAGGUGGACUCCCUGAUCAAGAGGAGAUGUGCUGAGGUUAGCAUCGAGAACCCCCGCGGAUCUCUGCAGAUCACACAGGACAAGAACGUGACCAACCGCAAGGACAAGGACAUGGCAGAGAAACUGAAACCCGAUGAGAUCACCCAGAUCCAGCCGCAGAAACUGAAGCUCAAUCUGAGAUCAGGAGAGGCUCAGAAGUUCCGGCUGAAGGUCAGACAUGCUGUGGACCCCCCCCAGUCCCUGUCGUCUGAGGUGAUCCUGGAGAACAAUAAGCUUCCUGAGGGCGUGUCCAUCUCCUACGUCUCCCACUGCAAGAACGGAGUGAGCCGGACCGGGGAGGACGGACGCAAGUGCUCCAACAUCUCCAUCGGAGACGAGGUGACGUUUGAUGUGGCCAUCACGUCUAAGGGUUGCCCGUCCAGUAAGACGGAGACGGUGAGGAUUAAGAUGCAGGGCUUCACUGAGGAGGUGGAGGUGCAGCUCAACUUCAUCUGCGAGUGUGACUGCCACAAGACCGGCAUCAACAACAGCCAAAUCUGCCACUUCGGAAACGGCACCUUCAAGUGUGGGACUUGCCGCUGUAAUGAGGGGCGCAUUGGUCAGAAGUGUGAGUGCAGCAUAGACGAGGUGCGGACAGAGGACCUGGACGCCAGCUGCCGCAUGGGCGACGGAACGGACAUCUGCAGCAACAACGGAGACUGUGUGUAUGCACGGCGAAAGUGCAAGAAGAGGGAGAACCCCGAGGAACGCUACAGCGGCAAAUACUGCGAGUGUGACAACUUCAACUGCGACCGCUCCAACAACAAGCUCUGCGGAGGCCAUGGGCGCUGUGAGUGCCGCGUCUGUAUCUGUGACGCUUACUACGUGGGCAGCGCUUGCGACUGCUCUCUGGACACCUCCACCUGUCUGGCCAAGAACAAGCAGAUCUGUAACGGCCGCGGCACCUGCGAGUGCGGAGUGUGUAAGUGCACUGACCCCAAGUUCCAAGGAGCCACCUGUGAAGUGUGUCCAACCUGUCCAGGAGUGUGUACAGAGCACAAGGAGUGUGUGCAGUGUCGUGCCUUCGGUACUGGUGAGAAGGAGACGUGUGAGCGUGACUGCAUGUAUUUCCACCUGGAGAUGGUGAAGAGCCGUGAUGACCUCCCACAGCCUGGGGCCGAGCCCUUCAUCUCCCACUGCAAGGAGCGCGACGCCAACGACUGCUGGUUCUACUACACCUACGCCGUCAAGAACGACACCACCAAGGUCGUCCACGUGGUGGAGACUGCAGAAUGCCGUGGAAUGCCUGACAUGUCCUUUUUGAAGGGAUGAGUGUAAAGAAUGACACCUCCAAGGUCGUCCAUACGGAAUAGGUCACAGGUGCGCGGACACACACACACACACACACACACACACACACAUUCUUAUGUGAGAAAAUAAUGUUCAAUAAAUAAAUAUAGCAGGAAACUGCGGUUCCUUCA